UGGCCCCAGGCUAACAAAACACAACCUAACAGCAGUGGGAGAGCCCAGAGCGAAACUUAAACAGCUCAGUGCGCUCACAGCGCCCUAACAGCAUGAAGCUCUUCAGUAAUGAUAUUUAAAAGGCUCUUUCUUCACCAGCCUGGUUGCAAGGAUGAUGUGGGCGUGACGACGGCAACCUGGUUGUGACGAUGUAUGAGGUGAUGUCAGGUGAUACCUUGGCCUGGAAAGGAGCCAGCCCAAGACAAAGUAGCACUGACCCCAGCCCUGAAACUGACUUCACUGGGGAGGGAGGACCUGUCAAAAUCCUUAAAGUGUGCUUUUGCACCAACAGCAGCUUGGGGAAGAACUUCAAGCUGGUGAAAUGUGACAGCUCCUGGAAAAUCCAGGCUAUAAUACGCUCAAUCCUGGUCAGCGGUCGAUUGGGGCCAAACGUUGAACUGUCAAACUGUUAUGGUUUAAUGUUAAAGCACUUAAAGUCAGAGGAACUUCACUGGCUGCAUCCAGAUCUGACUGUUGGUGAAGUUGAGCAACGCUACGAGAGUCAUCAUGUGGAGGCUGAGUGGAGGUAUGAUCUAAGGAUCAGAUACAUUCCUGUUAAUUUCCUGGAGAAGUUUCAAAUGGACAGAUCCACGUUUCUUUAUUUUUAUCAGCAGGUGCGUAGCGACUACAUGCAGUUUCAUGCCAGCAAGGUCAGCGAUGGGAUGGCCCUGCAGCUUGGCUGUUUGGAGAUAAGGAGGUUCUAUAAAGAUAUGAAUGCAAAAGGCCUUGAAAAGAAAUCUAACUUUGAGCUGCUAGAAAAAGAAGUUGGCCUGGACCUUUUUUUCCCACAGCAGCUGAUAAACAGCAUGAAGUCUAAGCAGCUACGGAAGAUGAUCCAACAAACAUUUCAACAGUAUGCAACACUUAAGGAGGAUGACUGUAUGAUUAAGUUUUUCGAGACUUUCAAGACAUUUAUCAACUAUGACGAAGAGGUUUUUCCGUGUGAGUUAGUGCAAGGUUGGAGUCUGUCUGUGGAGCUGGUCAUUGGAGGAAGGGGCAUUCGCCAACGUUCUCAGAAAGAUUCAGCAGCCCUGUUCCUAACUGACUUCAAACAGAUAAAGAAAAUCCAGUGCUUGCCACAAGGCGAUGGCAAGGCGCUCCUAAACAUCAGUGUUGAAGGCGCCAAACAAAGCUUGUCUAUCAGUGUGGCUACGGUCCCUAUGGCAGAAAACAUGAUGGAUCUCAUUGAUGGAUACUGUCGACUGGAAAAAGACACAGAUGAUAGCGUCAUUUACCGACCAAACAAAGAUCCAAAGCCUGUACGGACGUCCCUACCUGACAUCCCUACAGACAGAGACCGCAGCUCAGCCAGGCACAGUAUGGGUUCUGAUAUUUAUUGCGAGAUCCUUGAUGAGAGACCAAAAUCAGCUGUGAAAUAUGGGAUUGAUAGAAGUGACAUAAUUCUGGGGCGGAUUCUGGGUGAGGGUUUCUUUGGAGAAGUGUACGAUGGGAUGUACAAAAAAGCCAAUGGGGAAAGAGUUAACGUGGCUGUCAAGACCUGCAAGGAUUGUUCAUCCGACGUGAUGGAAAAAUUCAUGAGCGAAGCAGUGAUUAUGAAGAACCUUGAUCAUCCUCACAUUGUCAAACUGAUUGGAAUCAUAGAAGAUAAUCCUGUGUGGAUCGUUAUGGAGCUUUAUGAGUAUGGAGAGCUCGGUAACUACCUGACUAAGAACCAAAAACAGCUGACUAACACAACCCUGGUGCUGUUCAGCCUGCAGAUCUGCAAAGCCCUCGUCUACCUUGGAGGGUGCAACAUGGUGCACAGAGACAUUGCGGUUCGGAACGUGUUAGUUGCAAGCCCUGACUGCGUAAAGCUCGGAGACUUUGGUUUGUCGAGAUACAUCGAGGAUGAAGAAUAUUACAAAGCUUCUGUUACUCGAUUACCAAUCAAGUGGAUGGCCCCAGAAUCCAUCAACUUUCGACGUUUUACCUCAGCUAGCGAUGUGUGGAUGUUUGCUGUUUGCAUGUGGGAAAUAAUGAGCCGUGGACAGCAGCCGUUCUUCUGGCUGGAGAACAGAGAUGUCAUCAACCAGCUGGAGCAGGGCAUCAGAUUGCCCAAACCGGACAACUGCCCCCCUGCUCUUUAUUCACUCAUGACGCGCUGCUGGUCCUAUGAUCCCGGAGAGAGACCAAAUUUCACUGAGCUUGUGGUCAAGAUAAGUGAUGUGCAAAAGAUGGAGAAAGAGCAGGAUAUAGAGAGAGAAAGAGACAGAGCGCGCUCCACCAAGUUUUUUGAACCAAAGGUGAACUUUGGAGAAGCUCCCCCCAAGCCUUCAAGGACAAAGCCAGGCCGGUUUGGGAACACUCUUAGUAUUGGUCUACAUAUUCAGCUGAAUGAAGCUCUGUGUGCCAGCUCUCCUGACCUGGCCAGCCCCUGUGAAUACCAAUCCCCAGUUGACUCCAGAAACACACUUGCGUUGCCCGUUAGGUCACCUCGUAGGCGCAGCAUUGGGGAGGGCGAGUUUCUCCGAAUGGAUCCAAACAACAGGGAGGAUGCCCAGCGGCUGUGGCAGAAGGAACGGCGACACAUGCAAGACACUCUACGGCUGCAGAAAGAGCAAAUGAUGGAGGAUAAGAAGUGGCUUGAGAAGGAGGAGAAACUCCUGGUGGGAAACAGAGCAUCAUUAACUUUUGUCCACUCCCUCUCUAUGUCCCUGUGUCCCUCUAGUCACCAAUUCAGUGUUAACCUGGAACCUGAGCGGAACAUGGCACCUUUAAGCAUAAUCAAAACUCUUGUUCAACCUCAACGUCCCGCUAAUGUCCAAUUGAAUGUUCCUCUUAUAACAGUUCAAAAGAGAGGCCCCAUGUCUUUAAUGUGUAAAAUGAACCUGCCUAUUCUCUUGCAGGACCCCAUGGGACAAGAUAACACUCUAAAUCCAGGGCAAAUUGAAGCUGAAAGUGAAAAUGCACCGCCUGAAAAACCCCCACGACUCAAAGCACAGGCUGCUCCCACAGCAGAGAUUGACCGCACUGAUGAUAAAGUAUACCACCACGUUAUGAACUUGGUGAAAGUUGUUGUCCAACUCAAAAACGACAUCACUGAGCUGCAGCCAGAACAAUACAUCACCCUUGUCAAGUCUGUUGGGAUGGCCUUAAGAGAUCUGAUUCACAGUGUGGAUGACGUACUACCCACUUUACAUGAGUCAGUCAUAACUGAGAUUGAAGGAACACAGAAGUUGCUGAACAAUGACAUGGCUGAGCUGAUCAGCAAAAUGCGCCUGGCCCAGCAGAACGCCAUAACAACAUUAAAGGAGGAGUGCAAGAAACAGAUGCUGGCUGCCGCACACACUCUGGCCAUGGACAGCAAGAAUAUGUUAGAUGCUGUGGACCAAGCAAGAGUCAGGGCUAAUUUAGCCAAGCCAGCUGAACCAGAGUGAUCGGCUUUUUUUGUUUAAAUGAGUUUUUUUUAUGUUUGUUUAAAAUAACACUUUGACCUCAUCAGGCAGUAUGGUUUUGAUAAACAUGAGCCAGCUGCAUCCUCUGGUUCUUUGGAAAACCAUCAUGAUAUACAUGCAUUUGAUACUACUGAUUAGCUCAGUGAUAUUGUCAGAGGAAAAUCAAAUAUGCACACUGACAUUUGAUAUAUUAAAAAAGAAAGUCCUGUAAAAGAAGCUUUAAGGAGCAUUGAUUUAAUAUCCAAGCGAUGUUUAAACUGCUGCCACAGCUGAGCUGGGACACUCAAUUAAAAUCUUUGUAAAUACA